AAUCACAUAAAAUAUGUAAAAUGCUUUGCAAAGUUCCCAGUACUGUGUUGACUGUGAUCACACCGUCACCAAAUGGCAGCUAUUAUUAUACCUUAUAUUGUUUAUGCUCAUCUCAUUUCCCCCUCUGAUUUACACAGUCUAUGGCAAAGCAAUGGCACAUAGCACACAUUUGCUGUCUCACAUAUAAGAGUUCUUGAUAAAGACUGGUUGAAAGAAUGAUUUUAAAUAUAAACGGAAGGUACUGUGGUUAUUGUUAUAAAAGAUGGCAAAUUAUUAUAACGGCUAUAGUAUAAAAUGCACUGCUAAUGAGUAAUACAUUAUUUCAACAAGUCUCUCUCCUAUUUACCUUUAUCAUUUAGCAGUUAAGAAAAUUAAUGCAAUAUUUUAACACUACUGGAUCUAAUUAGUAAUGACAAUUAGAUGUCCCAUAUUGCAUUUGUGAGGGUUCCAGAGGUUUCUCCCUUUAAAUCCAAAUCCAAAACAAACAAAAACACCACCCCAGAAACAAACAUAAAAACAAAAACACCACUUUUCUGAAGAGACGUUAAGCCUUUCAAAUUUCAACAAACCCUUUGUUCAUCAGUGGAGAAACUGGGGAGGCAACAUCUUCCGUACAAGAUGGCGCCACCCAUUUGUACACCCCAGCUAGGAUUACGUCCUCUUAGCCCGUCGCAGGACCGGAAGUUGUAUCGGCCCUAGUGGAUCCGGGUGGAUGCGAGCAGGUGGCCGCAGAGGUUCCAGUUCUUCUGUGUGAAGUGCUGCAGGUGUUCGGGUGGGAACGGGGCCGCAGAUUGUGGGAUUAGUGAUAUGCGUUCCUAAACAGCAGCAGAGUUGAAGAUGUCCAGACACUUAGUGGCUUUGACAGUGACCACCCUUCUUGGUGUGGCUGUGGGGGGGUUUGUCCUAUGGAAAGGCAUCCAGCGCCGGAGGAGUAAAACGAGCCACAGGACCCAGCAGCAGCAGGGGCAGCAGCAGCAACAGCAGCAGCGGCAGCAGCAGCAGCAAGCUCCAGGCAGGAGAGAGCUGCCCCUUCCAGAAGAGGACCAGCUACACUCCAUUGUUUCCAGAGCCUCAUGGCAGGAGAGGAUCCGUGAAGCAAAGGUGGUGAUUGUGUCUCAGGAGGCAGAGUGGGAUCAAAUCGAGCCUUUACUUAGGAGUCAGUUAGAAGAUUUUCCAGUACUUGGAAUUGACUGUGAGUGGGUGAAUUUGGAAGGCAAAGCCAGUCCUUUGUCACUCCUUCAAAUGGCCUCCCCAAGUGGCUUCUGUGUCUUGGUUCGCUUGCCCAAGCUGAUCUGUGGAGGAAAAACACUACCAAAAACGUUAUUGAACAUAUUGGCAGAUGGCACUAUUUUAAAAGUUGGAGUAGGAUGUUCAGAAGAUGCCAGCAAGCUUCUGCAGGAUUAUGGGCUUGUAGUUAAGGGCUGCCUGGACCUCCGCUACCUAGCCAUGAGGCAGAGAAACAAUUUGCUCUGUAAUGGGCUUAGCCUGAAAUCACUCGCGGAGACUAUUUUGAACUUUCCCCUUGACAAGUCCCUUGUACUUCGUUGCAGCAACUGGGAUGCUGAGAAUCUUACUGAGGACCAGGUAAUUUAUGCUGCCAGGGAUGCCCAGAUUUCAGUGGCUCUCUUUCUCCAUCUGCUUGGAUACCCUUUCUCUAGGAAUUCAACUUUAGAAGAAAACGAUGACCUCAUCGGCUGGAGAAGAGUCUUGGAGAAAUGCCAGGAUGUGGUAGACAUCCCGUUCCGAAGCAAAGACAUUAGCAGAUUGGGAGAAGAGGUUAAUGGGGAAGCAACAGAAUCUUUGCAGAAGCCAAGAAAUAAGAAGUCUAAGAUUGAUGUAACGGUGCCAGGCAACCACCAAGGGAGAGACCCCAGAAAACAUAAAAGAAAGCCCCUGGGGGUGGGCUAUUCUGCCAGAAAAUCACCCCUCUAUGAUAACUGCUUUCUCCAUGCUCCUGAUGGACAGCCCCUAUGCACUUGUGAUCGAAGAAAAGCUCAGUGGUACCUGGACAAAGGCAUUGGAGAGCUGGUGAGUGAAGAGCCUUUUGUGGUGAAGCUACAGUUUGAACCUGCGGGAAGACCUGAAUCCCCAGGAGACUACUACUUGAUGGUUAAAGAGAACCUGUGUGUAGUGUGCGGCAAGAAAGACUCGUACAUUCGGAAGAACGUGGUUCCACAUGAGUACCGAAAGCACUUUCCCAUUGAGAUGAAGGACCACAACUCCCACGAUGUGCUGCUGCUCUGCACCUCCUGCCAUGCCAUCUCCAACCACCACGACAACCAUUUGAAGCAGCAGCUAGCCAAGGAGUUCCAGGCCCCCAUCGGCUCUGAGGAGGUCUUGCGCCUCCUGGAAGACCCUGAGCGCCGGCAGGUGCGUUCUGGGGCCAGGGCCCUGCUCAACGCGGACAGCCUGCCUGCUCAUCGGGAGGAGGAGCUGCUGCAAGGACUCAGAGAGUUUUAUAACACAGACAUGGUCACGGAUGAGAUGCUUCAAGAGGCUGCCAGCCUGGAGACCAGGAUUUCCAAUGACAACUAUGUUCCUCACGGGCUGAAGGUGGUGCAGUGCCAUAGCCAGGGCGGGCUGCGCUCCCUCAUGCAGCUGGAGAGCCGCUGGCGUCAGCACUUCCUGGACUCCAUGCAGCCCAAGCACUUGCCGCAGCAGUGGUCAGUGGACCACAACCAUCAGAAGCUGCUCCGGAAAUACGGGGAAGACCUUCCUGUCAAGCUGUGGUGAUAGCUGCUCCCCUCCCAGGUUCGGACAGCUGGGAAGCUGAAAUCAAGGUUGAAAAGUCACCUCUUCCUGUUUUAAUACAUCGAUAAUUGUCAAAGCCUGGUGACACAUCUCAGAAUACUAACCCAUACUGAUCCCAGGAUGCUUCUCGUGGAGCAAGGCUAUUGUUUUAAGGAGAGCUUAUAGUUUUGAAUUUGGGUUGGGCAGGGUGAAAUUUCUUUUUUCCUCCCUUUUAUUUUUAUUUCUGUGGACGGGGGGGCCAUGGCCUUUAUUUAACUCUUUCUCUUUCGCUUUCCCUGUGCAGAUGGUAAAUGAAGGAUUCUCCCUGAAGUGAUUUGUCAAGACUGUCAGGUUUUUAAU